GGGAUGGAGGUGGCGGUGUGGUGGCUCAUGAAUCUGGUACGCAUGGCGCAAAGUGGUCGGUACACCCUGAGACACAGCUAGGACGGGGGUGUUGAUGGGACACGACUACAAGCGUACUGGGUGGUUUCCUGGGAAGGUGCUAGUCUGUCACAGUUUGCCGGGAUGGUCGCCCAGGUUACCUCCGCUGGCAUUGAUGGUCAUUCGGAGCCCACCAUGGCGGUAACGGGAACACCAGGGACGAUGGACGUCGGGACAUGGACUCGGUUGGUGUUCACAAUGAACCGCCAGCGACAGAAGGAUUAUCGGGACAUGGGCCCCGAUGCUUUGAUCUGCCGGAUACUUCACUUGAUCAUUCACCCCGAUAGUCAACGCCACAGACAUGGAUCAAGUAUUCUGGGAAAACUCUGCGAACAAAUGGAUGACUAUAAGGCCCACGGUAUUGUGACUGCGCCGUCGGCUCUGUUUGGCUGGUAUCGCAGGUUUGGGUUUGAAAUGUCCGGCCGGCUCCUAGCCCCGUUCGAAGGCCUAUAUCAGAUGGUCCGCAAACCGGCUGGGGCUGGGGACAUUUCAGAUCCGGAACCAUCUCCGACGAUGCAACUCGAUAGCGCAUCCCAGGCCAAGGCCUUUGCGGAGGGACUGUCGUAUGAGUUGAUGAUGCCGAAAGUGGUGGACGCGGUGGGACCAUUUCUUAUAUUUGCGGGAAACGCGUAUAGAAUGCUGAGAUAUGGAGAGGCAGGGGAAUUGGUGAAGCUGGUUGUGCUUGGGACGGGUCAACCUGCGGAGAGCACUGCCGGUCGACUUGCUGAGAGUACUGGUGACGGGGUGGUUGCUCGGACCGCAGCCGGCAACGAAGCUGAACACGAACCAGCAGAGAUGCAGAUUGAGCAACCUGGAACAGAAGAGGCUCCUGUUGAGCAGCCCUGGCUAACAAACGGCCACAUUGGGCAACCCGAGCCAACAGAGACUCACGCUGAGAAGCCAGACACAGCAGAGCAGCCCGAGCCAACAAAUACUCACGUGGAGCAACCUGGACCAUCAAAUAGCCACAAUGAGCAGCCCGAACCUACGCAGAGACCGACGGAGAGGCUCUACAAGGCGGCAAGGCAAAAGAGUCGUAAAAGGGAGCCCAAACGGAGGACGUGAGACAAGGGGCGCGUGGGUGGGGGGUAGUACGGAGAGGGUUAGCCUUUUUACACAGUAUUGUAAGCGUCUAUGAUAAUAGAUAGCAAAGCGAGU